AUGGCAGAAAGUACCAGAUUUAAGACCUUGGAAGAACAAGUGAGGAAACAGGAGGCUAAGCUACAAGAAAUCAUGGAGAAUCUUCAAUCUUCACAAUCGUCGCAGCAGCAGCUCAGAGGAGAGAUUCGUCAAGAAUUGGAAGAGAACAAUAGGCGCAUGGAAAGCUUGAUGACUGGAAUGGAGCAGAAGUUUGGCGCCUUCUUGGAACAAAAAUUCAGCUCAAUAAUGCUGAAUGUGACUGCUGCAAGGGACAAGCUGCCAGAUGAAGAAUCCAGGGGAAGAACAGAACAGGCACCGCCGUUGCUGCCGACUCCCCCUCCGCAAUUCAGAUUGUAUCCGGACGCAGAAGUUACGCGAGCUUUCAGGCAUGAAGGUAGAAUUCAAGCACCAAAUCCCCCAAAACUUGAUUUACAACUAUUCUCAGGAGAAAAUCCGAGAGAGUGGCUGCGAAAAUGUAACAAGUACUUCAUUAAUUACCAAAUUCCGAAUGAGCAGAAAAUAGCCAUUGUAGAGAUGUAUCUGGAGGGAAAGGCAGAUAGGUGGUUCCAAGGGGUUCGGAUUGAGAAACCUAGACUAUCCUGGGAAGAAUUUGGGGAGAUUCUCUGUAAACGAUUCAAUGAGAAUGGUUAUAAGGACAUAAUUGAGGAAUUCAACAAACUACAACAGGAAGGGAGUGUGGAAGAGUACCAGGAGAGGUUUGAGGAACUAAAGCCACUAAUGCUGGCCAGGAACAGUAAUUUGGAUGAGAGCUACUUUACCUCCAGUUUCAUCAGUGGCUUGAAAGAAGAAAUUAAGCCUAUGGUGAAGAUGCUGAGACCGACGACACUAUCAGAGGCCUUUGAGAUCUCGCUGUGGCAGGAACGCAACAUCAAAAUCCAGAUCAGAGGAGUUAGAGAAGGCCACAGAAAUGUUGCAGAAAAUAAGUUUGGCAUGACCAAAGGCACUACUCCUGUAGCAGGCAGCACCAACACUUACCAGAUACCAUCAACUGGAAAUUUCAGGAAUACCAGAUUUAAGAAUGUACAAACUGACCGUCAGGAUUCUAAGAGAAUUUCACCUCAAGAAAUUCAGCACAGAAGGAGCCUGGGACUGUGCUUUAAGUGUGGGGACAAGUAUGGACCUGGACACCAAUGUAAGCCAGGACACUUAAACCUUCUGAUCAGCGAAGAAGAGGAGGAACCACUGUUCGAAGAUGCACUGGGAGAACAAGACGACCAAACUGGACACCCUGGUCAAGUAAUGGACAUGUCCCUGCAUGCAUUGUCGGAGGCCUUAAAAAGAAAGACUAUUACACUGACAGGGAAGCUGGAUGGAGAGGAGGUGUUGAUUUUAGUAGAUACUGGUAGCUCUGAUAGCUACAUCAACAGUGAGUUAGUCAUUGGCAUGGAUAUUAAGUACCAAAUGGUUUCAAAUCCCUUUUCUGUGAUCAUGGGAAAUGGCACCUGUGUUAACAGUAAUGCAAUCUGUCCAAGUGUAAUGUGGGAAGUCAAUCAGUACAAGUUUAGGUUUGAUCUUAAAGUAAUGGAGUUGGGAGGAUGGGAUAUUAUAUUGGGAGUGGAUUGGAUGGUACACUUCAGUCCAAUCACAUUUGAUUUUCAUCAGCUAAGCAUUUCUUUGUUCAGCCAAGGACAGACAGUACACUUACAAGGACAAGCAGAGAACUGUGACAUGGACCUGAUCAGAGGGAAGGAUUUGAGAUAUUUCAUUGAGUAUAAGAAGCAGAUGUGCGCAGCCAUGGAAUGGAAGCAAAAUAAAGAUGGAGACGACCAUACCAUACCCAGAGCAGUGGAAAAUAUCCUCAGUGAGUAUGCUGAUGUCUUCAAGACCCCUGAUUCCUUACCUCCUAAAAGGAGCAUUGACCAUGAAAUUACUCUGAAGCCAGGAUCUCAACCAGUCAAGCUCAAACCAUACCGUUACCCUCACUCUCAAAAGGGAGAAAUAGAAAAACAGGUUACAGAAAUGUUGGAGCAUGGAAUAGUUAUACACAGCACCAGCCCCUUUGCAUCUCCAGUGCUGCUAGUUAAAAAGAAAGAAGGCACUUGGAGGUUCUGUGUAGACUAUAGGAAAUUGAAUGAAAUGACUAUUAAGGAUAAAUAUCCAAUACCAAAUGUAGAAGAAUUAUUAGAUGAACUGGCGGGGCUGUGUUCAAAUCAAAGCUGGAUCUAA